AUGACGAAGAACUCAGACCCAUCAUCGGAUGAAGAAAAGCCGCUUUCCCCUGAAGCACGGGUAGCACUAGAAGAAAGAUUAGCUGCGCUUCGAGCACAAGAAGCGCAAAGGAGGGCGAGUGGACCUCAAAUAGUCGAACACGCUACUUUGGGUGUCUCGUCUGAGGGAGCUGAACACCCCUCAUGCGAUACCAAUGGUAACUGUAUAGUCGAAUAUGAAGACUAUAAUGAUAUGUAUGAUGAUGCUUUCAUGCACUUUAUUGAAGAAACGUUCCUCAAUAAUGAGACUAGUUCCUGGACAGAUGAGCCUUUUGAAGAACAUCUUCAGCAACUGCAAGGCGCUUCGGACACGUGCACACAAAGUCAUAACUCUAUCGGACGAAGAUGUUUUCUCUCUCAAACGCGAGAUUUCAGAGAUUUUGAGGUGCUUUGGUUCGUGAAGUUUGGUGACAUCACUUCCUUUCAGGAUCAGUGUACGAACCAGGACAUUACUAUAAAAACCUUUUGCGACAACCAAAGCCGCAACGCGUUGCACUACGUCGCGGAUAAUGGUAGUAUUCCUAUGCUGGAAUUGCUUACAACCCUUGGCGUACCGUAUCUUCAAAGUGAAAAGGGAAUGACACCGAUGGAUGUUGCAGUGCUCACAGACCAGUCCAUUGAGUUCAUAGCCGCGCUGAGUAAAUUAGCAAGAAACGGUAAUGAAUCCCAAGGGAGUAACUCAAUGAAUGAUGAAGGAAGAAAAACUUUUGAGGAGGUUCGAAGUAAGUUCGCACCGGAGCCGCCAAAAUUCGUAAUCAGUCGUCGCCCGCCUACACCCACCGUAUUUACACAGAAUGAAUCUGCGCGAUCCUUUUGGAAGUGUCAGAUUACAGCAAGGAAUGGAAAAAAUGUUGUGUACCUCAACCUGGGUGCUAUCGCAAAGGUGCCAGACACCGAGGCCGGGAUACAUCUAGUCGUUAGUGACUCCCGUCAGGGCGAUUUAGCCGCUGGCGUCGGUUCAGUGGGCCGUCUUUAUAGUGGAUGGGGCCUUUCUCGUUUCCUCAGGCCGCUGGAUCUCGUGGUAAAGGAUGGUAAGGGAACGGGUAUAAAGGGCAGUGUAUCGAACACGCUUAUUGUUCUGAACGCGGUCCCGUCGGGCAAGGUGCUGUCCAAAAAUUUCGCACCAGACCUGCCUGUGGGUGUAAUAGUGAGCAUGGUCCUGCAUGGUUAUCUUGAGAGUGCUGAUGCAGUCACAGACAUGUCAGAUAGCAGAGGAAAGUCUUUGUUUGCCGUGGCGGGUUAUCUUGCCGUUGAUAGAGCAUAUCAAAGGAAGCAGGUGGCGUCUAUGCUGAUGCGUGGUCUGGGAAAUGAACUCUUGGUGCAACACGGCUGUACAGCACUGGCCUUUACCACGCAAACUCCGAUUCCACAGUUACCGCCUUCAACCAGCAUGGUCAAGUGGUACCGACGUGCACUCAAUGCCAACGCAGUCUUCAAGGGCCCGUAUGCAGAAGACAUCUUCCCGGAAUUCUACGAGGAGGACGAAGUGCUAAGGGCGGAUUGUGUGCUAAAAGGUACGCUUGCGCCAACACUCCGAGAUACCUAUGCGGAAGCCCUUCAAAACUGGUGUUUUGUAGAUGUCAUGGAUAAGAGCCAGACGCAUGCCGUAUUUGAAUUUCUACGUAACCGCGGCAAAGAGGGGUUGGAGCUCGUGUACAAAUGGGGGUUAGAAGAGGAUCUCUGCCAGACCCUUUUGUCACCUGAUGCGAAAGAUAACCUUAAGUCAUUGGUGCGACUAUCAGGGAAUAAAAAUGCGCCAGAAGACUUUAUCGUGUUCCGCUUGCGUCAGAUGCGGCAUCAUAGAACUCGAACGUCUGAUUCCACAACGGAGCCCAAAGUAAAGGAAGGGGUAUCAGGGGGUCAGCGGUCGAUAGUCGUCGUGCAGGUAGUGUAUGCGCAUUUUGCGGGGCUCAAGGGUGUGGAAAAGAUGUCACACAUUCUUCUCAUAGCUCAAUAUCUAUUCGAGGCGGAUGUUUUGCUAGCACCCAAUCUAUUCGGUUUCACAGAGAACGAUCUCGUCAAGAGCAACUUUGAUGAAGUAACGAUGUGGCGUGAGAUGCUUUACGUUUUGAUAAAAGAUGAAGAAAAAAAGGGUGAAGGAUCGGAUCCUACAGCAACAUUUUUACCGCCGAUCCCAGCGUCGAAGAUAUCGGUCCCUGUUUUCUUACUUUAG